AUGUGUUUUAAAAUCUUUAUAUUGAUAAGCUGCACAAUAAUCAUAACUUAAUGUCAAUAAGCUAGUACAAUUUAAUUAAUGUAGUUAAUGAAAAAAAUACGUGUUUAUAAGAUCAAUUUUUACAAAAGAAACAAAGUUGCUAGAAUUUGACUGAAUUAGAAAAAGGAACCUUAUCUUUUAUGAUGAUGAAUUGUCAUUAUCAAAGAUCUGGAAGAAAGACAAUUGAUUGCAAUUAUGAAUUGCAUGAUUUGUAGUAUUGCACAAGAUAAUUGGAUCCAAAUUAUUGGUAAUUUUUUUCAUAUUAAUUUAAAUUUGAAGGAAUAUUUUUACUUAAUUUUAUAUUCUCAUUUAACAUUUCUGUUAAAUAUAAAUAUUGCAGUACUUGUAAACUAAUGUUGAGUCUAAAUUAUCCUUAAUUUCAAUAGAAUAAUAGUUUCUAAAUGCAAAUUUGUAAGGACUAUACAAAUAUUUAGAUAAUAACAAUCAGAAAUAUUUUCUGAGAUUUUAGCUUAAUAAAAUGAUAUUUAAAAUUAAACUUAGGUAUUUUUACAAUAUGUUUCCCUACAAUAUUUGAAUUUUAAUCAUUAAAGAGAAAAUGAGCAAUAAAAUCAAAAGGUUAUGAUAGACUAUAUCAAUGAAAUUAACUAAUAAGUUCAUAAAUAUCAUAAUGAAAUAGAAAAUUCCUUUUAAGAAUUAAGUUCAAUUUAUUAGAUAGCAAAAUAUUAUAUCGAUUUAAUUUACGUUCAAGGAGUUAAGAUUAGUAAUAUAUAUAUUUAUAAAUUAAGAUCAAAUCUUUUUUUAUAUUGGAGAUUUACUUUUAAUGUGGUUGUUUACUUCGAAUAAAUAACUUAUUGAUUAAAGAUUUAACAAUUUUUUGUUAAUAAUAAUUUGUUUUGUUUUAGAAAACUAUUUUGAAAGUUCAAACUAUAUUAAGUGUUUUUUAGUAGUGAAUUAAUUGUUGUUAAUACUUUAUGGAUAUAUUUUUUAUAGGGAUUAUGAAUAAUUGACAUAUAACAAGUUAAUGUCAAUCUAAAAGAGAAUAAAUUACUUUGAUUUAUCCAAUUUUAAGUAGAAAGCUAAAUAAAUCUUAAUCAAUACAGUGACAACAACAAAAAAUUAAUGA